UAGGAGUGUCGGGGCUGGCAGGCAGACGCACCGCUACCAGGACUGGAUAACAACACAGUGGGACGUGGUGCCUCGGUUGGAACCAGAUCAGUCGCCCAGGCACAACAAACAACCAGACCAGGGGGAUUCAGGUUUACACAGACCUGACCAGUUUCUGAGGGGAUAACUCCAGCCCAACGGACCCUGGGCUGGAUCCCACAGCAGGGGGUGUUUUGGACGGGAUCGGAGUGCCAUGGAGGUUCAGGGGAGUGGGCCUGAGGAGCCCAGGUCCAAGUAUCUGUUGUCCUCACACACCACCUGGCCCCGGACCAGCCUGAUCAUCACUUUACUGCUCAGUGUGUGGUCUGCUCAGGGCCUGGAGAUGUCCACAGGGAAGGUCCCGUUCCUGGAGGCGUUGAACGGCAGUACUGUGAUUCUACCCUGCACCUACGCCAGCUGUAUCGGCAUCAAAAACCUCUACUUCAACUGGCAGUACAACGACAACGGCACUAUGCAGAAGGUGUGUGAGUCUGUGAUUCCGUUAGACGGGAUGGAUCCCCAUCCAGUGAGUAUCUACCGGGAGCGGGUGGAUUUUAUCGGCACCGGUGAUCACAACAACAUCUCCAUCCUGCUUUGGAACAUCACCUUUGAGGACGAGGGCCAGUACACCUGCUUCGGACGCAACCCCAAAGAGAAGGGCAAGAACCACAGCGCUAUCUUUACCCUUGUCGUGGUGGACGAGUUACGAGUGGUGGACAACACUCUCACCAUCAUAAUUGCUUCUGCAGUGGGCGGAGCCAUCGCCCUGCUGAUGACUUUCAUGCUGGUGAAGAACUUCAUCCUCUUCGUUCUCUUCAAAAUCGAGGAGAAGAAAAAGAUCGAGUGCCUUGUACAAUCUUCCUCAGCAGAUGAAACAAACAAUGUCUCAGGAUCCAAAACUUCGAAACCAACGACACCAAAGAAGAAAUGAGAGUACUUGCAUGUAUGUACAACCAUAUAUAAAUAUACAGUUAUAUCUAUGCAUAUAUUUAUAUGCACAAACAUGUGUACGCACUCAUGUGACUCCAUGGGCAGGUUUCUUGGGCAGGUUUUUUGGACUGAGAAGCACGUCUGAUGGAGAUUCUUCAUUGAAAGUGUUUGUUAGUCCAAUAAGCUUAGGCUGUGUCCGGGAAACCACCCCCAUAUGUUCAAGUUGAUAUAUUGUUUAAAAGAAAAUCUUAAACCUAGGACUGUUUUUCAUAUGAUAAUUAAAAAAAAGAGAUUCAUUGAAUAUACGCUUGAGACAGGGAAUAACGCGAUGUAAUAAUGUUGUUUAAACUGUGCUGGAUCCUGCUCCUCUCUUCACCAACCGCAUUACCCUGGGCUUAACUGAAACUGUCUACAAAUUCAAAUAUUGUGUUUUGUGGAAACACACAGUCUAAUUCAAUCUCCAGUGACAUUCUUCCACUUCAGAUUCAGCUUAUUCAGUAAUGCUCUGAUUCACAUAGUUUAGUGUUGUUUAGAUAGAAUACAAUGAUAUUAACUCUGCCUAUCCAAAAGUGAUUCAUUAAGCCUAUUUUAUAAUAUUUAGAAACAAAGGUCUUUAAAAGGGUGAUACUGUGGUGAGACGUGAGAAAGGAUCCAGUUCAGAACUUAAUACACUUUCUUUGCUUGAUAUAAAGCACUGGUGCCUGUUAGCGCUUCUAUCUUCCUCUGCUGAUAGGAAGACUAAAUACUGCAAAACCAUUUACCAAAUGCAGAAAAACGCAAGCGAAUAUUACUGCAAGCUGAUGAAUGAAAUUAUAGACAAUCCCUUGAAACCAACCCCGUAGAAAAAAUGAACCUCUAAUAAUGCUGCUUUUAAGACAAAUAACCUUUUUAAUGCAUUUAUAAGCAUGUGAAACCCCAGGGCAGAUUUAGAGACACAAUGCUUGACAAUAGACAUGUACUCUCUCUUGUGUUCCUUUCCGGAAUCCAAGAUUUAACCACAUGUAAUGUGGUAAGUUCUGUCUGCUUUGAACCUGGAUCUAAAUCUCCUCAUAUCAUGCCAACCCCUGCUACAUCCAGUGUGCCAAGGCUAUGCACACUAUUUGGUAAAGUGGGUCUUCUGGCAUGAACAUUAACCCCCCCCCCCAACAGAAAUAUCCACCACAUUUCUUAUAGUAAGUCAUUUACAAAUGGAUCUCUCUUUGCUGUACAGAGCACAUUCACACACAUUCAUGUUUUUACACACUGCAAUAAGUACCCAGCAGAAUUUAUGAUGGUUCAUUCAUGGCUCAUGAUUCAACACAAAUUCACCAUCUGCAAAAAACAGAUAUCGAUCAGCUACAGUCAUUACGGAUACCUCCACUAACUACACCAUAAAGAGAUGCAUGGGGCAGCAGUUAAGUUGCAGGUAGAGUGAAAGACUGGAACAGAUCUUUACUGGACAGUGUAGAAUAGAGACAUAACUAAUAUCCCAUAUUCAACCCAUUUAUUUUGCCAAACUGGGAUAACCCUGAGAAACCCACGUCUGAUCAGGAAUGGACUGGGAUAACCCUGAGAAACCCACAUCUGAUCAGGAAUGGACUGGGAUAACCCUGAGAAACCCACGUCUGAUCAGGAAUGGACUGGGAUAACCCUGAGAAACCCAUAUCUGAUCAGGAAUGGAAUGUCAUUUGGUUCCUAAGUUACUAUGGAAACCCAUUGCUAGUGAACUACACUGUCAAGAUACAAUAGUGGCGUUUUUAACACACUGAAUGUCUUGUUUUGAAGAUACUUCCAGUGUGUGACAGAAUUGAGGGAAAACCAUGUUCAGGGAAGAAGUUCACGUCUAUGUCCAUUGUCCAGGAACUUGCUGAAUCUGUCAUUGUAUAAACAUAACAAAUAUACCUCCCUCAAUCACUUGCUGAACCUGUUUCUAAUGUGGACAACCCCUGGUGUUGCUGUUCCCAUAGCAUAGCCCUUCAAAUAAAUGCACUGGCUUGUAGCAAUAGCAGGAGGAUAUUUUGGGCACUUUACCUUAGAUAUGUAUAUUCCUCGGCUGUGCUAGACAUGUGUGUAAACAGAGAUGUGUUGUAUCGGUGGAGCAGUGAGCGAAUGAACCUAAAUGUAUAUUUAACAUGAGGGUAAAGUUGAAUGAAUGACCUUUGCUAUCUUAGAUGAGAACAGACCGACACCAUGGUUAGGCCAUCGACAGUAGUACAUGUACUAUCUCUGGUUGGACAUGGCUUUGAGCUUGUGGCACUGAAUCCCUGGCUGAUUCAUACUCUCCUAAGAUAACAGUGAUACUAUGCAAACACAAACACCACUACGGAGAGGAAGACAUCCACGCACUGUAGGACAGGCUGCUGCAGUUCCCUCAAUGGGAUUUGCUUUCGCAAAGCUGGCCUGACAUCACAGCAACAUGACUAUACUGUAGCUAUUGCAGGAUUCCAAUAAACCAUUUUGAGUUCCUUUUACUGUGAUAAUGUAAGCAAUAAAAAUGACAAGAGCAACAGUAAUCAAAGUGGCAUAUGGGAAAUGGAGUUGAUCCAGGGUAGAUGAGGAACAUAGGCUUAUAGUGCAAGGUUAUUCAGUCCUUGAGGUCUGCAGCACUGCUAGUUUUCAUUGUUUUUAAACGGAGACUGUCUGGUUCAGACCUGUGAAAUCACCUGUAAAGAGAUUCUGGCCAAUCAAUUAAGUACAAAGAUGAAGUACAUAGUGCAGACCUUGCUGCUCAGAUUUGAAUACUUAUUUUGCCUGUAAUGCACUGAUGUAUAAGCUUCCCCUUCUCACUCUGGGAAGCUAGCCUCUUUUUUCUGUUACUACAGUAUGUGGCCCUUUUGUCAAUGUUUGGAAGGCACAUAGUGGUGUCUUCUCUCAUGUAUAGUUUAGGUCUGUUGUGAUGUGUGAAAAGACCUUCAAAGGUUCCUGAAUGUUAGAACCUAUGGAGCUAUGCAAUAUACAGUGUAAUUUAAAGGAGCAACAUGUAAGAUUUAAGCAAUAAAUCAAAUUGCAUCAUGUUUUUUUUAAGGAGACUGCUUACAAAUGCUUAAAAAUGACAUAGUACAGCUUACCUUAUCACAAUCCGAAAAAGAUUGUUACAAGGACGAAGAAGUUUUGUACUGCUAAUGUUCUUGCUAUUGUUGUCAACCUCACAAACGAGAACCAAUCGUAAUACAGGAAGUUGUACACAACUAAUUUGCAGCGUCACGCAGCAUUCUAAAAAAUAGAUUUUAUUCUUGUGAUAUCUAUUCCUUUGCUACUACUGGUAUGUAAUUGACAUUUGGCACUAGUUGCAGGUGGAAAUGUUACAUGUAUAACCUCUAAACAAAGCCGAACUGUGAAAGUGACUCACGUGUUCUGUUGAAAUGCCCUUACACAGUUCUGGAUGACCUAGUACCAACUGUCUUCCUUGUUCCCUUUAUUUUGACAACUGUACUGAAAACUGGAUAGGUGAAGCAAAAGUUCAAUCUUUGUGGUUUGGAAAUUCUGAGAACACUUUGUUGUGCCAAGUUGUAGUAGCGGAAAUAGUGACCUCGUCCAUUAUUGCACUUAAGACAACAGAAUGUUUGAAUCUAUAAUGUACCCAGACAUUACUGACCCCUUAGUCCCACAUUCCUCUUCCAACUAAUAUGAAUGUACAGCCAUAUUUCUCCCAUUCCCUCAAAUGAUGCCUCCCAUGUAAUCUCUCCAUCAUGCAUAUCCGCUCAAAUGUUAUUUAUUAUAAAAAGCCACAAGAAUCCAAUAAACUUUUGAAUACAA